CCCCCAACCUCCGAUUUCCAAAUCCAGUUGUCUUCUUCUUCCCCCGAGCCGCGGCCGCGUUGCCAGCUCAGCUUCGAACCCCCCCCCAUUUCUCUCCGCUUCUCCUUCUCCUCCCCUCGCACUCGCCUCCCCAAUUUUAAACUCCCUUCUCUCUCUCUCUCGUCGUCGUCGUCCACCGCCGCAAAGGGGUCUCGUCUCUCUCGGGGGCGAUGGCGGCGUCGUCGUCGUCGUCGUCGUCGAUGGCGUCGCCGAGGGGGAGGUCGAUCCGGGAGACGGUGCUGGAGACGGUGGCGGCGUACCACCAGCAGCAGAGGAUGAGGCGCAAGUUCAGGAAGAGCCUCUCCUACGCGGGGGAGCUGUCGUCGGCGGGGCGCGCGCGAGGGGAGGGCGGGGCGUCCUCGUCGGCGUCCACCACCUCGCUGUGUGGCCCCGACGAGGACGACGAGCCCUUCUGGGAGGAGGAGGAGGGCACCGUCGAGCUCGUCCAGCUCGGCGCCAACCGGGCUAAGAACGUGCUCAUCCUCAUGAGCGACACCGGCGGCGGCCACCGCGCCUCCGCCGAGGCUAUCAAGGACGCCUUCCGCAUCGAGUUCGGCGACGAUUACCGGGUCUUCGUCAAGGAUCUGUGCAAGGAUCACGCGGGGUGGCCGCUGAACAACAUGGAGAGCUCGUACAAGUUCAUGGUGAAGCAUGUGCAGCUAUGGAAGGUGGCCUUCCACACCACAUCGCCGAGAUGGGUCCAUUGCUUCUACCUCGCCGCGCUCGCCUCAUUCUAUGCCAAGAAGGUUGAGGCUGGACUCAAGAAGUACAAACCAGAUAUUAUAAUUAGUGUCCACCCCCUCAUGCAACACAUUCCUCUAUGGGUACUCAAAUGGCAAGGGCUACAAAAUAGAGUGGUCUUUGUCACUGUCAUCACAGACCUCAACACUUGUCACCCUACAUGGUUCCAUGCUGAUGUCAAUAGAUGUUACUGCCCAUCGGAAGAAGUUGCCAAGAGAGCAGCACUGGAUGACCUACAACCUUCUCAAAUCCGUGUGUUUGGCCUUCCGAUUCGGCCAUCAUUCUGCCGAGCCGUUCUUGUUAAGGAUGAUUUGAGGAAGGAACUUGAAUUGGAUCCUGAGCUGCCUGCAGUAUUGCUGAUGGGAGGUGGAGAGGGCAUGGGUCCUGUCAAGAAGACCGCAAAAGCCCUUGGAGAGUCGUUGUUUGACAAGGAGCUUGGAAAACCAAUUGGACAGUUAAUUGUCAUUUGUGGUCGGAACAAAACGCUGAGCUCCUCAUUGCAGGCUCUUGAAUGGAAAAUACCAAUUAAGGUUAGGGGAUUUGAGACCCAGAUGGAGAAAUGGAUGGGGGCUUGUGAUUGCAUUAUAACAAAGGCUGGACCAGGUACCAUCGCCGAAGCCUUGAUUAGAGGGUUGCCUAUCAUCCUUAAUGACUUCAUACCUGGACAGGAAGUUGGCAAUGUCCCUUAUGUUGUGGACAAUGGUGCUGGUGUCUUCUCCAAAAGUUCUAGGGAAACUGCUAAACUUGUUGCCCGCUGGUUUGGUCCAGAUUCUGAUGAACUGAAGAGGAUGUCAGAAAAAGCGUUAAAACUGGCUCAGCCAGAAGCGGUGUUUGAUAUUGUCAGAGACAUCCAUGAGCUAUCUCGGGAGCAAGGGGUGAUUUCACAGAUAUCCAGUUCCUUGACAUCAUCCUUUUUCAUACCAUCGCCAGAAACCACACCUAUACAACUUAUGUGAAAAAUCCGUGUAUAGCUAGAACUGCAUUCUUUGACCUCGUGAAAUUUGCCUUUGUCCUACAAUGUCCUGAAAAAGAAAAAUAUGUCAAUGGAUUUAGCUGGUUUGUUUCAUCUGUCUCACGGCGUUGGGAUGAGGUAAGCAGGAUUUCGACUGCUUUUCAGUUUGUGGUCUCUCAUGGUAGUUAUGGGCUUGUUUGACUGACAGCUGCUCUUGUGUAAUAUCCAUAUUCGGUUUUUGUUAAAAUCAUUCGUUCAUAUGAUUUUUUUUAAAAAAUCCUGUCGUCCUUUGUUCAGAGGGACCAGCGAUGGGCUGCAAAUUGUACACUGUUAGUUGAUGUUGGAAAGUUUAAACCUCUCGACUUGUAACAUAUCCAUUCAUGUAAGAUCCAUCGUGACUGUAAAGUGUAUGAGACAAUGACAAAUUGUGCUAGUGAGAGAGUCAUGUGCUUGUUGAAGGACAGUGAGUGAUCUAUCAAUUGAGAAUUCUUACCUGCA